CUCGAAUACCCUAACCCGUUCUCUCCAGCGGCGCCGUCCUCUCCCCCUUCCCCGUCGCCGCUCCACUUCUACAAGGCACAUCUCUCACCCAGCCUCCAGUAUCUAGCUCGCGCGACGGAGGAGGAGUUCGCUUGCAUCCGGCUAGGGUGGAGGUGCCGCCCGGGAGGCGACGACGGAGGGGCAAGCCGGGAGAGCAGCGGCACACGGGCUGCAACUUCAACUGAGGAGGCCAAUUGACCAGCGUGAGAAUAUCGCGAUUGUGGCGAAGGAAGGCGGUCCGGAUCAAUCGCACCUCCCCUUUCUCUUCCCCACCACGGCACCACCCAUCGUGGAUUGACUAUUGCAUUUGCUUGUCUCGUCUACCAUCAUGGCUCCGAUUCUGCGUCGGAGGGACUUGUUAGAUGAGGUGGAAGCCCGUGUUAUCCGGUCAGUUGUGAUUGUUAAAUUUUUCAUGCGAGGAUCUGAAGUCUCGGUAACAGGGAAGAGGAAAAGGGAAACUCAAGAUACACAGCUGGUUGCAAGGACCCACUACAGAGCUUCAACUGGCUUUAUUGUUGAUUCUGCCAAAGGGACUGCUUUGGUUGUGGUUCCGUCUCCCAGAAUUGACCCAAAAGGGGGUGACAUAGUGCGGGUAUUCUUUCAUGGGGGCAUCAUCAGAGAUGCCUGUGUCUUUAUUAGUAAAACUCAACAUGGCCAUAUGGUUUUGGAGGUAAAAAAUUGUCCUGCUCACUGUCCAGCUGUGACUUUUCACACCCAGACCUAUCAUAGGGGAGAUGUUUUCGUUUUGGCUAACAGAAGCGACAGCGGAUUAAAUUCUUACUCAGGCACUGUUAUUCACCCUGACACUACAGCAUAUCCUGCUCUUGAUGGUGUAAGAGGUUUUUCGAAGACCAAGACACCAAGAAGUGAAGAGAUGUUCACUUUUAACCUGAUUGAUGAUAGCUUUGUGGACACUGUUGGUGCAGCGGUAUUCGAUAUGGCGGGUAUAGUUGCUGGGGCUAUCAGCCAUGAAGAUACCAGAUCUGGUGGAGGAUGUAAAAUAACAUAUGCGCGUCAUGCGUGUUAUUUUGCUCCUCAGCUACUGGAGAAUAUUCAGAGGCAGAAGGGGAAGCUUGCAGCAGGCAAGUAAGAGCAAAAUGAGUGCAACAUUUUGGCCAGAGGUUAGAUUUGCACUGGUCACUCUUCUACUUUGUCUUGGUGAUUCCCAUACGUUCAACACUAACCUUUUUCAGCAUUUUGAGAUCCUGUGACUACAAUAAUCAUCGGUCAAUGGCAUUAUUGUCUUCAUCGGCUAGUAAAAUUUUACGCAAGUGUUCAUGCACAGUAUCAGCCCAGAAAUCACGUGUGGGACUAUUUGGAUAGUGUUACGCCUCAAUUCUUGACUGGUUUGAAGAAGAUUGCGGACUCAAGAUGUCCAGCAUGAUAAACUUGUUGAGUUUUGUGUGACCUUGGUUGAGGGCAACCAGGAUUUCACGAUGAAUCAUAUGAUACUGGUUGAAGUGAAACAAAGGUUGUUGGUCUUAGGGCUUUGCUUGAGAUUGUUGUUUCUCCAUCAAAUCAACAAAUUGUCCUCGAUGAUUUCAAAGAUAGCAUCGCUUUUGGAGCAGUACCAGUUUUAAAAUUUAAUUAUUCUGUGACAACAUGAUAAGCAGUAUCUUUUUUUUUUCUUUUUUUGUAAUUUCAGUGUUCGGUAUUGGCCACUACAUUCCAUAGUCAAGUCAGCUGUCGAGUUAAUAUAUUAAGAUCUUGUAGCAAGGCUUAUAUCCUAUCCCUUCUCACAUCAUCAAAGGCUACAAUUGGUAUGAUGAA